AAUCGAUCAACAUCAAUGCCACUUAAAAGAAAGAAUAAAAUUAGCCAUGGCAGGCCUUCAAAAAAAACAGCUAAAGAUCACGAUUUAGUUGCUAAAGCCAUUCAAGAACAAAUUGAAAAUGAAGCUAGAGUUAUAAUUAAAGAAAAACCGAUACACAAGACUUCACAUUCUUCUUCAAAAACACCAGCAAGACCUAUGAGUGCUAUAGCGGCUAGAAAAGCAGCUAUUAGCGCUGGUAUACUCAAUAAACCUUCAACUGAUGAAAAGGAAGAAAAUAAACAAGAAAGUGAAAAUGAAAAUGAAAAUGAAGACGAGGAAAACGAAGUAGAGACAGAAAAACUGAAUACGGUUAAUGUGAUAAGUGAUAAAGAAGAGGGAAUUGACGAUGAAGAGCUUGUCAAGUCACCAAUAAGCGGCACAACAACACCUCAUGGUGAAUUUACUCCUAAUCAACCUUCAACACCGUUAAAUACAUUAGUAGAUUUGGAACCAAAAUCUAAAAAAAUACCUUUAUUAAUUGACGGUCAAUCUGUGAGUCGGUUCAUUCCUAGUAAAAAUAACUGCUGCAUAAUAAACCAGGAAGAAGAGACGUAUUUGUUUUUGGGUUUGAAAGAAGGAGAGCAUAUUGUAUUUAUGGGUCAAGUUUUUGCAGCUCCUUUAUAUGGUUCAAUUUCGAUCGCAGGAGCCGUGUUGUCUUCAGGAAAAAGUGUGCCCAAGUCUAAAGAAGUGAAAGACAUGCUAGUUUCAUUUUAUCCUGUAUUUUCACCACGUACCCAUUCACUUUUAAGUAUAGCAUCUGUACCACUUGAUACACCCAGCAUUAGACCUCAUGAAGAUACAGUUGAAUUGGAUGAAUAUUUGAUAGAAGCUGUUUUUGAUGAGCUAUUUAAAGUAGAUCAGAAAUUUGAGAGUAUUGUUGUGAUCAAGGAUUUCCCAGAAGAUAGUGGAUUGGAAAAUAUUCGUGAAAGUAUUGGCCAUAUUAAAAGGGAUUUAGUAAGAUUUACAAAAAAGGAAUCAAGUCGAGAUAAAUCAGUUGCUAUCAAUUUAUUGCGUGGAUUUCAUCCUAUCCUUAGUCCAACACCAGGUGUAAGAGCAUUUCAAGUAGAUUCCAGUUGGGAAUCUCGUACAACGGUUACAAUGAAAAACAGCAGUGAAAGAGAAAUUGUCAGCGUUGUAUGUGGAGCAAAAGAUACUGGGAAAUCUUCCUUUAGUCGUUAUUUAAUCAAUCGACUUUUAGCCAAGUAUAAACGUGUGGCAUAUAUUGAAACAGAUGUUGGCCAAAGUGAAUUUACACCAGCUGGCCUUUUGACACUUCAUUAUGUUACACAACCUGUUCUAGGUCCUUCUUAUACACAUCAGCAUUUGGAGCCUGAACGCAGCUUUUUCUUAGGCUCAACUUCACCGCGUCAUGAUCCAGAUUAUUAUUUAGCUUGUAUUUAUGAAUUGAUUGAACAUUGGAGACAAGAGGACAUGGAUACAACUCCUCUUGUAGUUAAUACACAAGGAUGGGUAUCUGGUGUGGGAUAUAAUCUGCUUUUGAAUAUUAUUCGUAAAGUGAUACCUACCGAUAUUUUUAUGAUGUACCAUCCAUUAUUUGAAUAUAAAAACUUGCCACCUACAUUUCAAAGUGAUGUAACAAUGCCAUCACCUGAUAAUUUAAUUGAAAGGACACCACCGUUGAUACAUUAUAUAUCUUCGCUACAACAACAAGAGACGGUAACAACGUUAUCUGAUGCUUUUUCAGCGGCUCAGCAAAGAGAAAUUACACUUGCAAGUUAUUUUUACCAAUUAAGUAUGGGGCAUAGACCUGAUUGGGAUUUUAAGCAACAUUUAGUAGAAAGAAUUCCUUGGGUAGUUGAUUGGAGAAAGAACUUGAAUGCAAUUUGGGUUAUUUAUGAACAAGUAAAGAUGAAUGAGUUGUUUUAUGCGUUAAAUGGAAGUAUUGUAGGACUUAUUGGAGACGUAGUUGACUAUAAGCCUCAACCCUUUCCCAAUAAGAAGAAGUCAAAUAACGAUGACAACGAUACCUUUACACUACCUAAUUAUUAUGAUAAACAAGAUCAAUUGCCACCUCAACCACAAUCAACUACAUGCUAUGGUUUAGCUAUCAUUCGGGCCAUUGAUCCUUCUCGACAUGCCUUUUUAUUGUUAACACCAGUUCCCUUAAAUAAACUGAAGUAUGUAUCAGGAUUAGUGAAAGGAGAACUUCAGUUACCAUUAUGGGCUGUUUAUAAUAGAGAAUUUGAAAAGAAAUCAUGGCAAAAAAUACCUUAUAUCACUCAAGAAAACACAGAAGGUGUCGGUGCUAAUGCACUUAGAGUACGACGUAAUUUGCUACGUAGAUCACAGCAACAGUAAUAUAAUUGAAUUUUAUUAAUGAAUAAAGUAUUAUGACAGAGCAAAGAAGAAGAAAAAAAAAAACUACUAUCAUAUAUACAAAUAUUAUCACACUAAAUAAAUUUCAUUUUUUUU